AUGGUCACCGUCCGCUACCGGAUGGAGUUUGCGAUCCUAGAAGACGCUAAACAAGUGAAGAGCCCGUACUCGCCUACCGUCCGGGGUACACCAAAUGGCAAUAUCAGAAUUUACGGUCAAGAAGCCUGUACAAGGUUUAUAGUUGUUCUAGGUAUCCUGAGCGACAUCUACCACCGCCGCGUCUCAAAAAUAGCCCUCUGUAUAUGGCGAUGGCUGGAAACAACGGUGAACUCUCGGAUGAGUGCUCCACCAUUCGGGCUUCUAGUGGGUUCCCCUACGAAUCUUGCAGCGUCAUCUUCCAUCUUCUCCUUCCCAGCUGCAGGAGACGCCAAUAUCGGGCAAUGCCGGGGCUUGCAAAUCAUGAGUAUAGCACCGUCAUUCCUUGCACAGAUCAGCCGGAGGCCCAUCUGCCUGCAUGGCGCGAACGAGCUGCAGUCUCAUGAUGGUAGCGAUCAUAGAACACCGUUCGGUCCUUCGAACUGCUUCCCGGCAUCCUGCAAUAAUGGUCCCCGAGGAGUGAUCACCUAA